CAAAAUAAACCUUAAAAUAUCAAAGUUAGAGCAGAGUCUGGUGAUCUUUGGUGUUUGACGUGACGGGGCGGUUCAUCGGGAGGGACGCUGUCAGCGGAUCCCGGCUGACCCUUGACCCCGGACCUCCGGACGCCUGAAGCCGCGUCUCUCCGCCGGAGCUCCGCCAGUGUCACCAUGAAGCGAAGGCUCCUGCUCGUGUCCAACUCCACCCUGCACGGCAGCGGAUACCUGGACCACUGUCAGCAGCACAUCUCCAGCUUCUUCGGAAAAGAUGUGAAGAAGGUUCUGUUUGUUCCUUACGCUCUCCACGACAGAGACGCCUACACCAAGACCGCCAGGGACAAGUUCAGGACUCUAGGUUAUGACGUCAGCAGCAUCCACGAGGCGUCGGAUCCCGUCGACGCCGUCCGGACGGCUGACGGCAUUUUCAUUGGAGGAGGAAACACCUUCCGGCUGCUCAAGAGCCUCUACGACAACAAGGUGGUGACGGAGAUCAGGAGGAGGGUGAUGGAGGACGGCGUCCCCUACAUGGGCUCCAGCGCCGGCACCAACGUGGCCACGGUCAGCAUCAACACCACCAACGACAUGCCCAUCGUCUACCCGCCGUCCUUCGCCGCCAUCGGCCUCGUGCCCUUCAACAUCAACCCGCACUACCUGGACGCCGACCCGGCCAGCCGCCACAUGGGGGUGAGUCCAGAACACCGGGACCGUUUCCAAGAAGCUGAUAAAUCAACUCCAUGCAGCCGGGAGCAGAGGAUCACUCAGUACCACGAGGAGUCGGACACGCCGUCGGUCCUGGGCCUGAGGGAAGGAUCCAUGCUGCUGGUGGAGGGGAACCGGGCCACGCUGCUGGGAACCACCAAGGCCAGACUGUUCACCAGGGGGAAGCCCACGGUGGAGUACGAGCCGGGCAGCGACCUCAGCUUCCUGCUGACCGACACACACUGACCAAUCAGAGGGGAGCAGGAGGUCACCAUGGAGACGACACCGACCAAUCAGAGGGGAGCAGGAGGUGGAGGUCACCAUGGAGACGGGACCGUUGUUGUCUUCAUGAUGCUCAAACAGAAUAAAUAUUUUCAGGAUACA